GGUUCUAAUGCUUCUCUGCUUCUCGGACUUCUCCGAUCACAGGCUAGAAGAGACUGAUAUGGCAAUUUAACGAACUCUGAUCAGUGUUUCAAUUUGUAACACACGAAAGCAGAUGUAACCAGCUACUUCUCCUUGAAAUGGAGAAGCUUAAACUGCGGUUCCACAAUUACCUAAAAAAAAUCCUUAUAGAGGAACUAGAUUUUUCAGAAGAGAUAACAUUUCAAGUUUCGUCAGAUAUCUGUGUCGACAAUUUUGAGAAAAUCUCUUUCUUGUGGAAAGACCAAUUUUUGAAAAGUACUCACAGGGAAGAUUUUCUUAAAAUUCAAAGAACUGUUUUACAAGAUAUAGUUGGUUGUACAGAGUUGUCUACCCUACGAGAUUUGGGACUUGUAUUUCUGAAGCCACUGACGAAUGCAGAGAUACAGACCGAACCAGACAAGUAUGCCAAUCUAGAAAUCCAGACUGAGCAUGGUAGUGCUUACAAGGCACAGGAGCUGGGAUAUGAAAAAGAAGAGAAAAACUGCCAGGAUGUUUCUACACAAACAGAUAUGGAGGAUUUGGUUUCUUCAGAAGUGGAGCAAUCUGUCAGCACUGCUUCAGUCAGCCAGGAUUGUGUGUCAAACGCAUCACCAGACAUUGAGCCUGUUAGUCCUCCCGUCAAAACAACAAGUCCUCCAGUCAAAACAACAGGACCUCGAGGUAAGCGUCUAAGGAAACUGACGAUUAAUCUCGUGUCAAACCAGAUAAAAACAGAAAAUAGUGAAUCUGACUAUGAUCCCCAAGAGUUUGGGGAAACAACUGAUGAUAAUUCAGACACCGACGGCAAUCAAGAUGUGAUGGUCAUCAAGCCAACACCGGUGAUGUCUCCGAAUGAUGUCAAAUCAUCAACAUCUCUCCGACAGGAGGAGCUUACAUGUCCUCUUUGCCCGUCCAAAUUCCGGAGUCAGCAAGGAGCUGAGAAACACUUGAGGGUGAAACAUGACAUUGGAAAUGUGUACAUCUGUAAAAUUUGUCAGGACAUUUGUCCAUCCAACACAGCAAUGCAUGAGCACAUGACCACCAAACAUGGAGUAGAAGAUUUGCCUGUAGAAGAAAAACGUAGGAAAAGACGGAGAAAAAAUUUGCCACAGACUUUAAAAAAAGCAAAAGUUUCACCUAUUCAGAAGCCAAUGUCAAAACUGAAGUCAAAAAAUACUCGUAAAAAGAGACCUGUCAAUAGUGUUAACAAACCGGACCUGAUCAAGCAUAAGUGUUCUCAUUGUCCUAAAUUGUUCAACACAGUAACUGCCAUGCAGCGCCACAUGCGGGCUAAUCAUCAGUUUUCUUCAGUGCAGAAAUGCAACCAGUGUUCAAAGACCUACCUUUCAACUCGAGCCCUGCGACGACAUGUGACCACCACACACCAGUUCUCUCGGCACCAGUGUGAGCUGUGUGGGAAGGAGUUUACCAGUAAGGAAUCCCUGUACCAUCACAAGCGGGGUCUGCAUAGUGACAGUAAACCGUACAAGUGUGAACAGUGUGGGGCCUCCUUCAACUUCAAUCACAGCCUCAGACUACAUCAGUUAAAACACAGUGGAAAACGGCCCCACAAAUGUAAGCUAUGUGAUAAAAGUUAUCUCACUUCAAACCAUCUAAAAAUGCACGUGGAAGGAGUCCACGGAAACAAGAAGAAAUACUCAUGUAGUAUUUGUGGUAAAGCAUUUUCCUACACAACCAGCUUGCGUGUACACGAGAUGUCCCAUGGUAACAUUCGUCCAUACAAAUGUAAGACAUGUGGGCUUGGCUUUAUCAACAGCCACGCCCUAAAGUACCACACUGAGUCAAAACAUGCAGCGGAUACCUGGUUUAGUUGCGAUAUCUGUGGCAAAGAUUACAAAACAGAAUUUCUUAUGAAGACGCAUCGCCGUCGUCACACAGCAGACGGAACCCGCUUUAUGUGCGACAUAUGUGGACACCUAUUUAUGUACAAAAGUACUUUAGAGAUCCAUGCAGCUGUUCACAGUGAGGAAAAGGCCUUCCAGUGUAGUACUUGUGGCAAGUCAUUCAAAACCUAUGCUACACUCUACUCUCACCAGUAUGUUCACAAGACAGAAAUGCCAUAUGAGUGCCCAGACUGUGGCAAGGCCUUCAAAACAAAGGAGAGGUGCAAGGCUCACCAGCGGCGCCACCUAGGACUGAAACCUUUCGACUGUGAUCAAUGUGGUAGGUGCUUCCCUGACAAAGGUGGACUCACCAAACACAAGAAAACUGUACAUUGUGUAGAGAAAAAACAUGUGUGUAGUUACUGUGGUAAAGCUUGCUCAAGGGCAGACAACUUACGGGUGCACAUGAAAGUACACGAAAAAAACACAGCAAACCAGAGUAAAAAUAUCUCGGGUCUGGCAGGGUCUGGACCCGGACUUUCAACUCCAGUUGCGAGGAAGAGUCGAUCACUUGCCAAAAUAGAUAUAAAACUGACUACACCAUCUGUUGACCAUCAGAUGGACUCUGUUCCCGUGUAUAGAGUAGAAAGUGAACUUGACCGUAUAACAUCAGAACAUGGCUAUGAACGCCUUAUAGAGAACCUUAUAGACAGAACUAUGGAUAAACCAGGGGAUCCUAAACUUCCAUUCACACAGACUAGACCAAAUGUGGGUGGGUCUGCUCCUCCCCCUAUAUCUACCACCCCGGGGGGUGACAGUCUUGUGAGCAACAUUUCUCCUGUACCAAUAUCCCCGCCCCUGCCCCGUGUAUACACUGACCCAGCCCAGUCCUAUGAGUCAGAGGCAGGUUCCCAUAUUGUACCACUUCCCAUUGCUAUGACUCAGGAUGGUCCUGUUGGUCUCCAACAGGCUACACAGGGAAUUGGUACACCACUGCCACCAAAUACCACCACACUUCCACCCCCACCACCUGCGGCUCCUUAUAUGUACAUGUGGCCUUAUAUGCACCACCCCAACCAGAAUAGCAGCCAAUCCCAUGAGAACAAUUUCUACUGAGUUUAUAUCAAUGUUAUUUAGUGAUCAAAGGUAGGAUUGAAUGAGUUAUGUCACAAAACUCCCGAUUAGUGGGAUUAAAUAUAACAUCACAAAAACAUGUGAGAUGACUCCCGAUUGGUGGGAUUAAAUGUGUGAUGUCACAGAAACAUUUUUACCUACCAGGGGGUACACAUAUACAAUAAUACAAGUUUUAAAGAAACAAUUAGUUACAGUUAUACUUAUUCCUACAUGUAGAGGUUAAAAACCUGUGCCUGUAUAAAAGAAAUAAUCACAGCACAUUGUAAUAUGAAAAUGAGUUCAUUGUCAUUAUAAAAAGCUUUAUUUUGAUUUUGAUACAAUAUGAUUUUAGUCAUUGAGAUUGCUCUGUCUGCUAUUCUGUGAUGCAAAUUAUGAAAAAAAUCUGGAGAUAUGCUGUACGUUUUUUUAGUUUUUUUGUUUUUGCUCUAGUGACAAAACUUUAGAGAGAAUAAUGGACAUAUAUAUACUCAUAAUAACUUUGUAUUGGUAUUAGGCAAAUUUGUUAAUUUUCAGGGUUUAUUGCAACAGCCAGUUGUUUAUACUUCAGAGGCUGAGUCUCCUUGUAGUAGCUGGUGGCUACUUCAGUAUCCAGAGCAAUGGGGGUUAAAGUAACAUUUAAAUGCUAAAAAAGUUUAGAUAUCAUUAUUUGAUUACUUAAGAUAAAACUACAUGUAGUUUGUCUUUCAUAUCUUUUUUAUUUUUGUGUGUGCAUUUUGAUUUUAAGUAGAUAUAAAGUAUUUACAGUGGCUCUAUUUUUUGUCAGUGUACAUCUAUUUGAGAACAUGUUACUUAAUUUGUGCCAUUCAAAAUAUUUUCGUUUUAAAACAGAAAUGAUCAGAAAUAUAAUGAUAACGUACAGACCUGUUUCCCUAAUUAAAUAGCAGUACAUUUUGAACUCUCCUGAUAUAGUAGGGAUUUGAAAAAUUAAUAGUUAAAAUACUUCCACUUAGUAAAAUGGGUUACACAGUAAUUACUUUGUCUUGUGUACACAAUAUCUCAUGAACCGCUGCAUAAAGAUCAUAUUCACAUCAUAGCAUCACACCAUCGAGGUCUACACCCAAUAAGAUUUUGGCGGUCAUCGGUCAAGGUUAAAGGUCAUAGGUCGCACUUGACCACUUUUAAAAUAAAAAACCUCUGUACAAGAUACUGUAUCUCUGGAACCCCGGACCAAUUAAUUUUAUUUUUAUUUGGGUGAGGGGGUACCGGUAUAUCUAUGUGAUUCUCGGCUCACUGUGCUUUUAUUUCAGUAAUUCCGAAGUAUCUACUAGAUACAUAAAUGUUUUGUGUAUAUGUAUGGAAGAUUUUGUUGUAUAUAAUACACAAAUAGAUUUAUCUUUUACCAUAAUUCUGGAUGUGCAAGAACUUAUGAUGUUGGCAAAAGUAAAAUUUUGUCUUAAAAUAUUUAUAUAUUUAUGUAAGUCAACAAGUGAAACUAAAAUCAAUCCACAUAGGUGACAUUGUGUAAAAUUACACAUGGUUUACACAAAUUAUAGAUUUAUUUAUUAGUACAAUUUACUGUAUACUUGGCUGUUGCUGAGAAAUUUUGAUAUUUAAUGUGAUGCUUCAUAAAUCAUUAAACAAUGUACAAAAUCAAUGUUUGUGCGUUUGAUUUUUGUCGGCCAAAUAAAUAACCGAUACAAGCCAUACUCGCAGAGGCAUUUGGAUGUAUAUUCAUGUAUCUAUUUUUGCAAAAGUUAUUGCCAUUAGUUAUUUCAGUACUUGAUCAUUAUUGUCUACAGAUCUACGUUUUCCUACCAAUUUCUUUGAAAAUUGAUAGGUUUUAUAUUCAUGGUAUAUAGUUGUUUCCUUGACAGGUAUUUUAGUUUGACUAUUUUUGCAAAAACUUGUACUACUUUGUUUAUUUCAGUGUUUGAUUUUUGUCCCGAGAUCCUUCAUUUUUAAAAUGAUUUCUUUGAAACUUGGUAGGCUUUAAGAUUAUAUAUAUCAAGUUUAAUGAGUUGGAGACUCCUGAUUGCGGGUAUUUCUCAAACUGUUUGAAAAUGUAACAUCGACUUUGUAAUGAAAGUAAAGGUGAGGGUUAAAGCAUGCCACCUAUAACCCUUCAUGGUGAUGUGAAUCUUGUUUCAAUGCAAGAUAGUAUAGAACACUACACAGCAUUCAAUGGGUGUACCAGAUGUAUUGUUCCUUCUUGUGGUACUGUUGUUUGACACUGUAAUUUAGAAUGCCAUUAACGAUCAGUGAUUUUAUAUAAUAGAUAAAUGCACAGAAAAAAUCUCUUGUCCAAAUCAGCUAUUACACCUUUGUGUGGUGUUCUAGUUCAGUUGCCUCCCUUAUUCAAUUUUACUUCGUUCUGAUACAGCAAUGAGUCUGUAUUAUACUAGUGGGAGCAGGAGUCGUCGCCAUGUUUGUGUAGGCUGAUGACAACAGGUACAGCCUUAAAGCAACUAAAACUGUAGAUGUCAUACUCAUUAAACAGUGAUUUCUUCUUAUAAAUAGUGAAAUGGGUUAAAGACAUAGCGAUGCAUGAAAUUAUAGUGUUGAAAAUAUUCUAUAAAUAUGUUUGCGAGUUUAAAAACAGUUUGUAAAGAAUGCUGAAUAGAGAAAGCAGAAUGGAGUACCGAGUCUUCACAGCCUAAUGAUCAGUAACAUAUGUAUUCUUGUAGGACCUUCAAAUUGUGAUGUCAUUGCUUUGCACUAAUUUAGUUUUUCUAAAACAAGGUUGUGAACACUAAAUUGUUGUAAUUAUGGGAAAACAUUUUUUGAAUUAUGAUGCCUGAUAAUACUUUCCAACAGUGAUUUUUAGUAACAGUUUCUUUAAGUACAGAAGAGGAUACAAAAUCCGGGGCUGGAUACAGUUCCUACCAAGUUAGGUUUCUGCUUUGUCAUUAUUACUUUCAAAAGUAUAUAAUACACAACUCCAGAAAUGCAUGUGAAUUUUUUUAUUCAAUUUGAUGGCAUUGUCCUUUCGAUACAGUCAUUCAAAUCUGUUGAUACGUGUACAAGAACCCUUUAAGAUUCCAAAUUUUAAAUUUUUGUCCAUCAGCAUAAAUAA